AAACGCUCCUCCAAGGUUACAAGAGGAGGAACCGAGGAAAGAGGGGGGAGAUUUGUGAAUGAAUGUGCAGAUUUGCACGCCAAAGUGCCCCCCCCCUCCUCCCCCAAAAAAUAUUAGGCGGUGACGUUUGCAGCCUUCAAUGCUGCGAAGAGGCAGCAGAUGCUUAUCGGCCGCCUCUGCCAGCGGUCCUCGGUGCAAAGCACAAGAUAUGGACGCGUUGUGCUGGAUGAUGCGUGAGGAGCAGAUGAAGCGAGGAGCCCGCUUGUGAGCUGCCGGCCGCGGGAGUGAAGGUGACUUGAUGCAGAGAAGAGGCGCGCACCCUCCGCCUCUUCAUCCUCAUCGCCCGUUCUCAUCCGGGAGCACGACUGGCCCCACUCUCGGGAGGUGGGGUCUGAGAGGACAACCGACUGGCAGCCAUAAGACAGGUUCGAGACAAGAGUAUAGAAAGAGGACGGUGAAGAGUUGAGAAGAGGAGGAGGAGAAAGGUGGCGGUGGUGAGGGGGGGUGGGGGCGAAGCAGACGGGAGAGAUCGUUCCGUAUCAGGACCGUUUUAUUAGUGGGUGUGUAUGCAUGAGUUCUGCAUCGAAUGGGCGCAAAAACCGCCCCAGAUCGGCCGGGACCAUCUUCCAGAUCGGCAAGCCCCUCUAUCGAGACCCCCAGCGGCGGGAGAGCACGGAGAGCAGCCGCAGAGCCCAGCGCGCCGUGGCCGAAUGCAGGAUGAUCGUGCAAGAGUUCAACACGCUGGUGGCGCUGUACCGAGAGCUGGUCAUCUCCAUCGGCGAGAUCACCGUCGACUGGCCCAAUUUGCGGGGCGACAUGCAGAAGACUCGAACCAAAGGCUGCGAGAUGGCCAGGGCGGCACACCACAGUCUCACCUUGAUAGCAGGGCCAGAGGAUGGCGAGAUUCACCCAGAGAUCUGCAGGCUUUUCAUCCAGCUGCAGUGCUGUUUGGAGAUGUACAUCACCGAGAUGCUCAAGUCCUUCUGCUUGCUGGGCUCCCUGCAGCUCCACAGGAAAGGCAAAGAUCCCUGUAGCCUGCCAUCAGUGGACAGGAAGGCCGAGGAGAACUCAGACGUCCCCAUCCUUGAGGACACCUCCUCGUCGCCCAGCGAGGGCCCUCCACUCACAUGGCUGGUGGCCACGGAUAUAGCAAACAUUGAAAAGGACAUGAGGGAAAUGAAGAACCUUCUCAGUAAACUCAGGGAGACGAUGCCUUUACCACUGAAGAACCAAGACGACAGCAGUUUGCUGAACCUGUCUCCCUACCCGCUGGUCCGACAGAGGAAGAGGCGCUUCUUUGGCCUCUGUUGUUUGGUAACCAGCUGAGGUAUCAACAAAAACAACAUCAAGAGACAACAUUGCCCUGUUCCGUCCUCCACUACUCGACUACUGCCAUUUUUCAACACACACCAAAAAAAAUAGCAAGGCUGCCUGCCCAUUGUUGGAUUUUUAUUCUACAGAAAGUAAAUGGCAACACAUUCCCAUGGUUUUGGGUCAAUGGAGCCAGUUGUCCACUGUUAAUUGUAAAAUAGAAAACGUGUUCAUGCGCACAAGAAACACUAUUUUCUUUAACCCUCCUGUUAUGUCUUUUUUUUUUUUUUUUUAUGGUCAAAGUGAGCCACUGCGUGUUGUUUAGGCAUUGAAAGAAUCCAUUUUAAAAAUGCAAACACAUUUAAUUAAAAGAAGAAACGAGCAAAAACACAGCUGUAUCCCCUUUUUGUUCACAUUUUUUAAAUACAUCGGACUUACAAGUGCGCCAAUUUAAGAGUUCUUCGUGCAAUGAGCUGUCAUUUGGCCGAUGUUUCGCUUUACGUCACAAGCUACAAUUUUUAUUACCUUACAUCUCCUAGCGGAGGCAAAAGAAGAAAGACCAUCAAUGGCCAGCACACUUUCAGUCAAUCAUACAAAUACAAAAUGAAAACACUCUCAAGGAACAAGGAGUAGAAACUCACAUCCGUAACUCACUUUGCCACGCCCUCUUAAAGGCACACUGUCACACAAAUGUACCACAGUGUGGUUGUGUGAGUCUGUGUGUGCGUGUGUCAGACGAACAGUUUCAUUACACUUUCUAAAACCAAUGUAUUUCUUGACAUUGUUUUUUUUUUUGUUGUUUUACUAUGCUUUUUUUUUAUAUAUAACUUCAAGUUGCCAGUGUAUAUUAUUUCAUUUUCAAACAGAUCAAAUUGACUCGCAAUAUAACAGAAGGGAUGUAAAUGUUUGUUGUGUCCGAAACAACAUGUUGAAUAAAUGCCUCCUGAAUGUUUCAGGAUGGCAAGGAAGUCAUUUCAAUGUGUAGUCCCCUUCAGUAGUUUCUUGUUUUGUCCUUCUCCCUGUUCUUGAUUUAGUCUUCCAUGAAAGAUAAAUCGAUAUCUUAACUUGACAACUUCAAAGUGCAAUACUGUUUGAUACAACGGAGAGAGAUAGAACUUUAUUUACGCGCGCGCGCGCACACACACACACACACACACACACACACACACACACACACACACACACGCACACACACGCAAUGUAUUUUACGAAUUGUAUAUACACUUCCUGCCCUCUGAGUAAGUCCUUGGUUGUUGCUCAGCAUGGCGCCACCUUGUGGACGGUUGUGGUUGUUGUUGUUGCUUUGGGCCCCUUGGAAGUACACGAGGAUGAUGUAAAUCAUUUUAAAUUGUUAAUAAAACUUUUGUUAUGGAAA